AAAGCUUGGGCGCCCGUCGUUUCCGCGUGGUCCAUCGAUUUGAUGGGGCAGUUAAGCAGCAAGUACGCGGGGCGGCACGGCGUGCCGCACGCCUCCAGCCUCAACGAGCUGCUGCAGCUCUGGAUGUCCUGCAAAGCCACCCGCACCCUGAUGGAGAUCUACACCCAGUGCCUCUCCGCCAUGAUCGGGGGCUGCCCCGACGCCUGCGUGGACGCUCUGCUGGACACCUCGGUCCAACACUCGCCUCAUUUCGACUGGGUGGUGGCUCACAUCGGUUCCUCUUUCCCCAACACCAUCAUCAACCGCGUCCUCUCCUGCGGCCUGAAAGAUUUUUGCGCCCACGGGGCGGCGCCGGGGGAUUUGCUUUUCCCCGUCGCCGCCGAUAAACGGGUUCCCAAAAUCGCCUCGGUGGUGGGGAUCCUGGGCCAUUUGGCUUCUCGGCACUCGGGCAGCAUCAAGCAGGAGCUGCUGCGGAUGUUUCACGAGAGUUUGGGCCCCGCCAGGGACCAGCACCAAAAAGCCACCGUCCCUUUCCUGCUCCAGUUGGCCGUCAUGUCCCCGCCGCUGCUGGGCACCAUCUCCUCCGAGCUGGUGGAUUCCCUCAAACCCAACGUCCUCAACCAGCUCCACCAGCACUUCGUUUCCCUCCCUCGCGAAGAUCUGGAGAACAUGGUCAGCAUCGUCGUCCACCUCAUUUGCCAAACCUCCGCCGGCGCUUACCGCAUUUUGCAGUUUUUGGUCAAUACGGCGAUGCCGGCUUCCGUCAUCACCCCCCCGGGGCUGACGCUCCACGACGGCGUGCGAGAAGCCUGCGACCGCGUCAUCCAGCUCCUCCUCCUCAACCUCCAGAAACUGGUUUAUAACCGGGGAACCCCCAGUUUGGCCGAUUCCCCGCCUCGCCCCGUCCCUUUCCUCGACGCCCUCAAAUCCCACGUCCGGGAGUUGUGCGUGGAAACCCUGCGCUUGGAACGCAAACGGUUUCUUUGGCAACACCAACUCUUGGGCCUCUUGGCCGUUUAUUCCGCUCCGCACUGCGCCACCGACGCCCUCUUCUUCCUCCUGACGCUGGCCCGCACCCAGGAGGAGCUGGCCCUGGCCACCCAGCUCUACGCCGUCCUCAGCUCCUGCCUCGUCGACCUCCUCCCCGCCACCGUCAAGACCUGCGUUUGCCAAAUCCACGCCGGCCGGUUGCCGGAGCCGCAAAUGGCUCAGCUGUUCCGGAAUUUGGCCUUGGUGGUGCAGUGGGAGGGGGGGGAGGGGGGCCCGGCGGCCAUGGGGGUGCAGCUGGGCGCCGUCCUGGCCCGUCACCUCCACGAUUUCAGCCAGCUCCUCCUUCACCGCAGCCCCGAGGUGGCGGAAUCCGCUUGCCUGCUGCUGUCCGUCUGUCCCCUGCCGCGCUCCGUCCCUCCGGCUCACCUCCUGGCCGCCGUCCGCGCCGCCGUCCGUCAGUUCUUUACCGUUUUACGCCGUCAAAAUCCCGCCAACCUCUCCUACAGCGGCCGCUUGCUCACCCGC